CCACUCCCCCAUCCCUCCCCCUCGGAGGAAGCACCUAGCCCGUAAGGAGGCUCAGCGUCUCGCCACCCUCCAAGCAGGAUGCGGGAAGACCCCCUGUCCCUCUCUCCUCCCAACUCUCGCCCCCCUCCUCUCCCCCCUGCCCCCACCAUUUCCAUCUCCAACUCCACCACCCCCCCUGCCAUCCCUCCCCCGCCCUCUCUCCCCCCUCCUCCCUCUUUCCAUGCGUUGGAUGAUGAGAUCCGUAAGCUACUGGUGCUAGCAGGACUGACCCAGGCUGAGCUCCUCAAACUCAGCCCAGAGCUGGGGGUUUGUGUGGGGGGACUGGAGGAGGAGGGAGAGGGGGAGACCCACCACACCUCCAGGCCUGGACAGACACAAGAUAGAGGGAUGAGGAGAAAAGAGGAGAAGGCUAAGGAGCAGUAUGAUAUAGAUGGGUUGGCUGUGGAUGGAUGGAGAGAUGGAGGAGGGAGGUCAGAGGUGGAGAGGGAUAGAGAGACUGAUAUAUUUGGAGGAGUAAAGGAGGAUGAGGGAGAGAAAGAGGAGAGCAGAGAUGUGUUUAGAACCACGUCUUUCACUGACAUGGCGAGAAGGAGGAAGAGAAACAGCGGGUUUGGGGCUAACGUUAGCCUAGCAUCUGACUCCUACUACAGCACUGGCAAUACCAACACCUCUAACAAUGUUAACUUUGAGACUUUCAAAUAUUCCCCUGUGCUCUCGGAAACCCCUCCCCCUCCUCCCCCGCGUCCCUUACCCCCUGUCCCCCCUACCCUGCCCCCUCUCAAAGUUUGCACCCUUCUCGCCAACUCUUUUCGCCCUGAGCGAUUUGAUUGGCUCAUGGCUUUCUCCCCCGAUGGUGAAACCCUGACCCUGCCCCCACCCUUGGAAGUUAGAAAAUCCAAUGAGGAAACACUGAAGAAAUCUACUUCCGGGUCAACGUCGUCAUCUGGGUCAACGUCAGGGUCGGGUUCAAAAGUGAUGACCUUCAAGGAACUGCGUAACCGUAGCAAACACAGCUCCCCGGCCUACCAACUAAUAACUGAACCGGAUCCUGAUCCCACAGUCAUAACCCCUGACCCUGACUUCCUCUACAACCUCAAGUGGAGGAGGGAAAAGACGGACAGCGACGGAAUCCAAUGGGAGUACACCUCCCAGGCCCAGGCCACCUUCCUGCAACCACCUCCCCUCACCUCACUGGCUGCUUUUAGGGAAAUGUUCCAGAAAGCAGAGGAUGCGAUUGGACAACCCGAGUUAUGUCCCUCGCAGCGGAUUGGGUGCUCAGCCAGUGAAGGGAACCUGUGGAGGAUGGAUGGACAGAGAAAAGAGGAGGGAGAAAAGAGGAAAGAAGAGGUGGAGGAAGAAGAGGUAGAGGUGAGAGGAACAGCUGAUGGAGGAAGAACCUGGGAGUCAAGAACUACAGCGGUUCGUAGCGUCUCAUUUGCCGGCUCUGUACAGAGAGGUGGGACUUCCUGGAUGGGCGAUGACGUGAAGGCCCCUCUGAGAGGCCUAGGGCUGUCCUCUCUGUGCCUGCUGGAAAAAAGAGCUCUGGUCAGUGCAGUCAGUGUGGCAGUGGAGGCCAUUUUGGCUCAAUUCAGCUCCUCACGGACCCUGGUGCAGAAGUCUGCCUCCAUUAACAAGGCUCUAUCAGGAGACAGCAGUGUGAAUCCGUCUCUGGGCCGGCUGGUGCUGCAGUGUUUGUGCCCCGCCCUGCGGAGCCUGCUCUCCGACGGCCUCAAGCCCCACCAGAGUGAUUUGAUCUCGGGCAGGAGGCCAAACUCAGCCUGGGGACUGGUCCAGGCCUCCACCAGGCCAGGGCCCAGCACUCAGUCCCUGUACAGCCUCCAGGCUAGAAUAGGAGAGCUGCCCCAGCUCGGCAGAACAAACACAGGUUCAACGCCUUCCUCCUCGGCCUCCUCAACAUCAAGCUUAUGGAUUUCUGGCUGUCCCAUCUCCAGUCAUGCAGUGAUGUGUUGGUGACGUUCUACCAGCCCUCCUCCUUCAUGCGUUUGUCAUUGACUUCCUGCCAGCCUCUGUUUGAGGAGCUCCUCCUCCUGCUGCAGCCCCUCAGUCUCCUGAACC